AAAUAUUGUGACAUUUUCAUUCACGUUUUAUCAUUUUAGCGCUUUAAGAGGAGGGCGUGUUAUUGAGCCUUAAGGUUCAACAAGGACGAUAUACUCUUUAUAUUACCCUCCCUUCGGUAGGAAAAUGUUAUUCAAGGCCAACCAUGUGACAGGAUAAUUUUCAAAAUGGCGGAAGGUGUACAACAACCUUUGCCGAAGAGACACGAUUUACAAACGUCUGCUGACCUCGAAAGAGUGACUGAUUAUGCAGAAGAGAAAGAAAUAAGCACAACAGAUAUAGAAAAUGCUAUUAGUUUAGUGGAGGGAAGAUAUUCCGAAGAGAAAGCUGCCAAGCUGCAGAGAGAGAAAGAGCUUGCAAGGAUUGUCAUAAAAAAAGAAGAUGUUGAUUUAAUAGUUGACGAAAUGGAAAUUCCAAGAGCUGCAGCAGAAAGAAGUUUACGUGAGCACAAAGGAGAUGUAGUAGAGGCUUUGGUGUCCUUAACAAAUUGAGACAAUGAAAUCCAGUAAAAAAAUUGGAGAUGUAAAAUUAUUGACACACAGCCUGAUGGCAUGUUUGUUUGUUU